GGCUAGUCAACAACAACGUCAUGACAGAGAGUCGUGCUAAUUUUAGUCCAUCUGAGUUUGCUGUACGUCCCAAAGAAGGCUUACAUCUUGAAAUAGUUAUAUUUACUUAGUGGUGGGAGCUCAGAGUGUGUUUUAAUUGCGAAAAUCCCCUUAGCCUUGAGAAAUUCUUGGCAGCCCAGACCUGUCACACAUGACGUCACAUACGGAACAUAAACAUACUUAUCUAAUUCUUGUGCGUUUUGUUCUUCUACUCCAGUCAUUUGUUGCUACCUGGUGAAUCCUGCACUGUUCAAACUACAUCUCUACAGAAAGAAAAAUUAGAAGAAUUUCCCAAUCAUGUUGAGCCAACUGAAGAGUUACUUAUUUGGGGCCGCCGAUGAGGCAGCAUUAGAAGGAGCCGCCGUAGGGGAUUGCACCAGUAAUAACGGCGCAGAAGACGAUUGGGUCCUCGUCGAUACUCAAGAAGUUAUUGGAGAUGUAGAUUGUGAUGAUGAAACAGCCAUGGGACUGGAAGAAUCCUGGAUUGUGACACAGGAAGUAAUGAAAGCUGUUGUGAAGCCACCGUUGGGUAGAAACAAGGGUUACGGACGUAGAAACCGUCAACCCAAAGGGACCAAGCCCCGCAGAUGGAAGGGGCCGAAAAGCAACGGACAAGCAUCAGUGAAGCCCGUCCAAGCCUUGAUGGAGGAUAACGAGAGCACUAGCUCUUCCAUCGCCAUUGUGCCAAGCCCGGAACCGAUGGUACGUCCGGCAGCCUCUCCCGUAACCGCGUCAACUGUUCUCGCUGCUUCUAGUGAUGCGAAACAAAUGGCGACAAUCGCUUCCGCACGAAUUGCGAAACAAAAAGCGGACAAGAACUUGUUGUCACGCAAGAACUUGCUUCGGGGCAAUAAGACGAUGAUGGCUGCUGCGGGACGCAACAACCGACGCAGCCAAUUGAUUGGCAGCCGCCUUUGCGGAUCCAACAACAACCGCAAGAGCCACCAAUAUUAAAGAAACCUAUUCUCUUCUUCUAUUUGGCACAUGCUUCUUUUAAUUGUUUACUACAAUACUGACGUCCUCUUGAUUCGAGGGAUUCUAGCAGCCCUCUUCGUCCUCGCCCAAACCAAAAUUUCCCCCUCGUCUUGUCCCUUUUAUGAAUUAUCAGUUAGUUGCAUUGUAUGGUGGAUCUCUUGUCUGUGUGCGUGUUUCUGCGUGUACGUCACCGCGUAAUCAGACUAACGCGUUCAACUAAUCCGCCGAUAAUUCAACCACGAAAUUAUCUUCAUCAAACACCUUUGCCCCCCUUCGUCGACAAAUUUGUUUGUCUUAAGGGCUGUCUUUUCAACAAAAAAUUUCUCUUUCGAUCUAACACUUGACAAACAAAAUGUUGAUUUAUUUUUGAGUUUAUAUUUUCUUUUGCGCAAAAUAUUUUUCAGUUGAAGAAUCAAAUUUACAAAAAUUCAUCUGUA